UCCGUGCUGUCUCGGUGGUGGUCUCUGCUCACAAACCGGAUGUUGUGUGUGUGAACGUACACACAAGAUGCCGUGGCGCUUCGGGGUGUGAGAGGAAGUGGAAUAGCGGGUGAGGAGAGCGGGCGGCCGCAGCAGGACGAUGGUGCGGGCCGGGCAGAGUCGAGACUGGCCCGUGUGCCGGCGCUCUGGGCUUAGCCUGUCUGCAGCGGGAUGCUGCCGUCGGCACUUUUUUUGGUCCAAUCUCUCAUUGGGCUCUAUCAGAGUGCGCAUGGGUGAGCAGCCCCGGGCGAGGCUUCCACUACACAUCCACUGAGGAAGGGUGCGGGAAUGCGAUCCCUUCUAUUCAUGCACCAUAUUAUUUUAUUUCAUGGAAGCUGAUAUCGAAACAGUGUGUGGCGAUUGUUCUGGAGCAGUUAUUUGGUUUAAGAGGAUCAAUGAAUCUGAUACCAGGUUUGUCCAGCUUUUCCAACAUGUUUGGAAAAAAGAAGAAGAGGCUGGAGAUCUCGGCCCCCUCAAACUUUGAGCAUCGCGUGCACACAGGGUUCGACCCGCGUGAGCAGAAGUUCACCGGACUGCCUCAGCAAUGGCAGAGCCUGCUGGCAGACACAGCCAACCGGCCAAAACCUAUGGUGGACCCCUCCUACAUCACCCCCAUCCAGCUAGCACCCAUGAAGAUAUCUCCCAAGAAAGUCCGGUCAGCUGAAUCGCCGUUGCGAAAAACCAUCGUGCGGGGAAGCAGGCCACCCAAGGAUGCUUCCAUCAACGGCCUGCUGGAGGAGUUCGACAGCAUUUCCGUGACGCGCUCCAACUCUCUUCGCAAGGAGAGCCCGCCAGGAGCGCACCAGGCCGGAUCCAGCAAGCAGCCCUCUGUGGCCUCAGCAAACGCCAGCAGUAGCGGUGGCCCAGAGGAGAACGGCUUCAGCCACUACUACGCCCGCUAUUCCUGCGACCUGGACAGCAGCAGGGACUUCUCAUUGGACCCGUACCGGGAUAAGGGUGGCUAUGAUGGAGAGUGGGCCGUGGGACGCCACUACCGAUUCUCCGUUAGACAGAACGGUCAUCCUGUUCGGAGCCCCUUCUACCCAGACGCCAUGCCCCAGAAGACCUCAGACUAUGCCAAGUUGCCACCAGACUAUCAUGCCUACCUGGAGAGCAAGGUGCGCCUGUCGGCUGAUGAGAUGGGUGCCAGCAGCAGCAGGGACUACUACAGGGCCUCUCUUGGAGGGUCCAGUCAGGAUUACCUGGGCACGCCGUCGCGGGCUUCUUUGCACAGCGAGCAGAUGAGCUACCCAGAUGGAGACUGGGGUGGAGGGGCUUAUGGCCCCGGCUUGAGGGACGACUAUGAGAAAAGGCCCAAGUCAUCAUACAUCUCCCAGACCAGCCCUCAGCCAGCCAUCCGCCAGCGUUCCAGAUCAGGCUCGGGCCUGCAGGAGCCCAGCCUGCCCUAUGGGAUCAGUGCCUUCAAGGCCGCACCACAGGGCCCCUACAGCUCCUACACCUACCCUCGGCUCUCUGAAAACACCUCUGCUUCCCAGAUCAUCGGCAAGGGCGACUAUGACAGGAUGUCACGAGAUGGGAGUCCGCAGGUGCCUGGAGCCGAGACGUACUCCAGAGGCCCCCUCAAACUACCUCAGAGCCAUGGCAAGCCCGGCUACCCACCUAGCUUUCAGUACCCACCUGCCUUUCACUACAAGCCCUCACCCUACCACCAUCCCCCCUCACAACCUAGCCCUCCAUACACCCCACAGGGGGCACACUCCCAGCCCUCUUCACCUUACAUCCCCCCUGGAGCCUACCCCCCACCCAGCUGGGGCUCGUCCUCUGAGCAGCCGCCCUCUCGGGUGUCUCACGAGCAGUUCCGGGCUGCACUGCAGUUAGUGGUUAACCCUGGUGACCCGCGGGAGUACCUGGACAACUUCCUGAAGAUUGGUGAGGGCUCCACGGGCAUUGUGUGCAUCGCUACAGAGAAGCAUAGCGGCAAGCAGGUGGCUGUAAAAAAGAUGGACCUAAGAAAACAGCAGCGACGUGAGCUGCUCUUCAAUGAGGUGGUGAUUAUGAGGGACUACCACCAUGAAAACGUGGUGGACAUGUAUAAUAGCUAUCUGGUGGGAGAUGAACUCUGGGUGGUGAUGGAGUUCCUGGAAGGCGGAGCCUUGACAGACAUUGUCACGCACACAAGGAUGAACGAAGAGCAGAUUGCCACAGUGUGUCUAUCUGUGUUAAAAGCCCUCUCGUACCUCCACACGCAAGGCGUCAUCCACAGAGACAUAAAGAGUGACUCCAUCCUUCUGACUAGUGAUGGCAGGAUAAAGCUUUCUGACUUUGGCUUCUGUGCCCAAGUCUCAAAAGAAGUUCCAAAGAGAAAGUCCUUGGUUGGCACACCGUACUGGAUGGCACCUGAGGUCAUCUCCAGAUUGCCCUACGGCACAGAGGUGGAUAUUUGGUCUCUGGGGAUCAUGGUGAUUGAAAUGGUAGAUGGGGAGCCACCCUACUUCAACGAGCCUCCACUGCAGGCCAUGAGGAGAAUACGGGACAACCUCCCUCCUCGGCUAAAAGAAUCGCACAAGGUUUCAUCAGUGCUCAGAGCAUUUUUGGACCUGAUGUUGGUGAGGGAACCUUCACAGCGCGCUACGGCACAAGAACUCCUCCAGCACCCCUUCCUCAAGCUCUCAGGCCCCCCAUCCUGCAUAGUGCCUCUGAUGAGGCACUACCGGCACCGCUGAGCUCCAACCAGCAGGGCAGCGACAAACCUCACCUAGUGCAACAUACUGAGAUACCCGAUCAUAUGUAACUUGUGGAUAAAAGACACUGACACCUGUAACCGUACGUAGUUUAGAUGAAACAAA